CUGCUGAUUUGGAUGUUGCGUUUGUUUUAGAUCCACAGGGAAACCCCCGCCGCGCGCCUCCGCCUCUUUCUCUCAUUUAUAACCGAUCAGGAGUGUGGAAAUCUGCCACUAAGUCCGCACAGACUGGGGUAGUCACUCAUUCUGCUCAGUGGCUGAUCAGCAGUUUUUUAACUCUUUUAUUUACUAGCUAUUCCGGACGCGCAUUCAGCAUGACGCGCAUCGCUCCUCUUCUCAUCCUCAUCUUCACAUCAUCCCUCCUGAGAUGUUCGGCUGCAGAAGCCUCGAUCCUCUGCACCUGGACCAGAAUCCUCCCCAACGAGGUAGUGCACUACACUUUCCUCCGGAGUGACCCCCUGAAGGCCCCCCAGUCCAUGCGGCUCUAUAACAGCGCUUGGUCCGGGCGCAUUCUGCUCAACUGCGCCUGGAGCGAUCACGCAGCGGUGGUGCAGAACUACUUCUCCCUGUGCCAGGAGCGCACGCACGAGUUCGUCGAUGACCCAGAUGAGAACUUCAACGUGGACGUCAUGUUUGAGGCGGAUGACACGUGCGUCUCCGUGGAUACUCCAGAUGCCGGUGGGAGCGUGGCGAAGAGGUCAGUGAGGAGCGUGGGUGGUUCACCGGCAGCAGGGUCAGAGGUCAGAACCCAUCAGCGUGUGAAGCGAGGAUUCAUUGUACCGGGGACCCUCUGGUGUGGCUCGGGGAAUAAGGCACCAUCAUAUUCAGACCUGGGUAUGUUGUUGUUUCUGUACUUCAUAUUAAAUUUAGAAACAUCAGAGGGGUCUACAGAUAGGUGAGAGUUUAAGAAGAUGGAAGAAUCCAGAUUAAAAUAAACCAGUCACUUUUCACCCCGUGAUUUGUGCAGCAAAAUACUUUAAAUUCCUAUUUCCCAAAACCCUGGAUUAGGGGUCACAAGACACUGAAUUCAGUUUUAAGGAGCUAAUCUGAAGCUGCAUUUUAGAGAGAAUUAUCCAAAAGUUCAUUCAGACUUUUAUAAAGUUGGGUUAAAGCGGUUAAAUAAACACAGUGCAGACUAAGACAUCCCAAAUAUCAGGGUGUGUUAUCUGUUUAUGCAGCACAGGUAUAUAUCAGGUUAAUAGAAAUUUGUUUAGACUGACUUUUAAUAAGAAGAAAUAAUUUCAAUCAAUCAAUCAAUCAACUUUAUUUCUAUAGCACAUUUUAAAAUAACCACAAGGGUAGUCAAAGUGCUGUACAAUGAUACAUAAAACAAAUAACACAAAGAGCAAGAUAAAGUGAGCAGAAAUACAUUAAUGCAAGGGGAUAAAUAAGUAAAUAAAUAAGCAGGCUCACGGCAGGUGCUAAAAUGAUAAAAAACAAAGUAACACUAAAAAGUAUCAAAAGCCAAGGAGUAAAAGUGUGUUUUUAAAAGGGAUUUAAAAACAGGAAAUGAGGAGGCCUGUCUAAUAUUCAAGGGCAACUCGUUCCAGAGCUUCGGGGCAGCAGCAGCAAACGCUCUGUCCCCUCUGAGCUUCAGCCUUGUAUAUGGGACCGUCAGUAGCAGCUGAUCGGCUGAUCUUAAGGGUCGGGGUGGGCAGUAAGGCUGGAGCAUUUCAGAAAUGUAAGGUGGAGCAAGAUUGUUCAGGCUUUAUGUGUUAUGCAGUUUAGAAAACCUGCCAGGGUCGAUUUUCUCCUGCAUCAGAAUUGAUUUAUGUAAAGGCUAUUCAAAGUAUUUCCCAAAAGUUUACACCAUAUUUAUAUUAUACAUAUUUAUAUAUGCAUUUUUCUUCCUCUCUUUAGCAUUUAAAGGUGGGGUAGGCAGGAUCUAAGGAAGUUCCAGUUUUUAGGAGAAAUCUUGAACAUAAACUCUACCCUUCCUAACCAGUUUUCCCCUCAGCUCCUUCUCUCCCCUCCCUCUCUGCUCCAGCAAGCCCCGCCCACAAACAGACGCUCCUGCUCACUCAUAUCAUUCCAAUUAAAUUCCGACAUAAUGCAGAUAAAAACUGAAAAAGAGGACACAGAACAUUACAAAUGGGGCCCAGUCCCAGACCUCAGGCCAGUCCAUUACGGUAGUCAACGGACUACCAGCAAACACAAUGUUUGCAGGAUUUCUACAACUACGAUAAAGUGACAUAGUCCAGGUAAACAAUUUAGUGGCGCUACAACAAGCAGCAGGUCCCGUUUGACAAGAAACACCUCUGUUACAGACACUUGGCUUACUUUGUUAAAGCGGUUUACCUGUUCAGCAGAAAGGUUACAGGGUCACGAAGAUCCUGAAGCGUCCCCCAUCAUUGUUGACCUGGCUUUUUAGCUCUUGUCCGGUCUACCUCCUUUUUAAGCGCCCAUUAUUCCGCCAGUGUCUCCGGUAUUUACUUAGUUUUCUUGCUUGUGUUGGCAGUUGUGGCCAAAGGAGGAUUCAGACAUUUUUCUGUACUUUCUGGUUGGUUUCUACUGACCGAUAUUGUAACACGCUAAGUUUGUUUGGGCUUGUGAACGACACAGGGGAGCAGCGUCUGCCUCACAAACAAUCAGGUUGAGGGAGGUGGAGAAUGGCUUUGUUUACAGUUAGAAAGAGCGUAGCACUCAAAAAAUUUAAAAUGUUGACAACACAGACAUAACAAAACAUAGUGAUAUUGUUAUGUUACCAAAUGUCAUCAUUAACCAAUUGCCAUUGACUAAAAUUAAAAGCUUAUUUGCAUAUACACCACAAAAAAAAGAUGCUUCUUUAAGGGAUUCCUGCCUACCCCACCUUUAAAGGGUCUUAGCUGCUUCUCGUCUUCCUGCUGCAAUUCGAAAAACUUAGUGGUGGGAAUGUGUAUUGCAUGAUCAGUUUUUAAGAUGAUGUCUCUGCUGUGAACCAAAAAUCAGCCUGUUAGUUUCAAAGUAAAGUCAAUAUAAAUGUGUCAUAAAAUGCAUUCUGGCAAUGGCCAGCAGGGGGCCACUUCAGGGUUUGUAAGCACUGGCUGAAUAUAGAAUGAAAAACCCAGCUUCCUACUGUGCCGGUGCAGAAACGACCUGAAUCUAGCGUCCCGCUCUGUAUGCAAACCAAAACACGCCUCUAACUUACCAAAGGGUGUCAAAGAUCCCUCAGGUAGGUCCACAGCAGACAAGAUUCUUGUACUGAUCUCAAGAUUCUUAUGGCUAAGGAAAAUUCAACGAUUCCACCACAUCUGUGUUUGGUCUGUCUUGGCCUUGAUAAUAUUGUCUUAAGUUUUUUGACAACAUAUUUGCUUCCAGAAAUCUGAGCCCUCUGCUGCAAAUGUGCUAAACCAGAUCUAAGAUGAGGGAGGCAGGGUUUAUGGGCUAUAUUGUAGUCGGCCAGUAGGGGGAGCUCUAAGUCUUUUGGCUCUACAGUCAGUGACGACUUAUGUAUGGUCCAUAUUCCCUUCACAGACUUUUCACAGAAAGAAGACGUUGCCUCUCGGUUUUGAAGUCUCUGUGGUGUUCCUUGAAUGUGUGUUCUAGUAUUGACCAACAGGUGGCUACAUGCACUGCAAGAAUCAAUCUGAUUAUGUAAAAGUAUCUGUGAAAAUUAGACCCGUUUCUCCCAUCUAAUACCUCUUGGGAGUAUAUUUGAAGACCAAAAGGAAUACAUGUAGGAAAAGUUUGGCCCUAAUGCUUUUGUCCAACUGGAGGAGCAGGAGAGGAUGAGAAGGUCAGGAUCUUAAUCUCAUCUCAAGUCUCAUUCUGUCCGUCCGUCUCAUCUCUUGCAGGAGUGUUUGCGGACACAGACAGCUGCUGUCGUGAACACGACCAGUGCAAAGACACCAUCCUGUCCUUCCACUCAAAGUUCGGCAUCUUCAACAGCAACAUUUUCACUAUGUCCCACUGCGACUGUGACAACAAGUAGGAAUCUGAGUUUCUACCUUUUCUAACGGACACCCGGUUUACAAAAAUCUUUUUUUUAAGAUGACGUUUGUUUCAGGUUUCGCAGAUGUCUGAUGGAGGCCAAUGACAGCAUCUCUGACGUUGUCGGAUACACCUUCUUUAACCUGCUGAAGAUGCACUGCUUCGAGUUCUCCCACAGACUCCAGUGUACACAGAGGAACUGGUUUGGCAUGUACGACAUCUUGUCAUUUACCUGUUUCUUUAUUUUGAUCUUUUACUGAAUCUGCCUCUGAGCUGCAGACUUUUAGGAGAUGUUAUAAUCAAAACCAUUUCACAGUUUUAAUUCUGCAGCGAUCAGAUGAGGAUGCUCUCACUAGCUCUGCUGCCUGUGCACUGAUUACAGGACAAGAUGCUAACCCUAAAGAAGCGGUGGUUUCCUCAUCCUAAUUUGAUUCACUGUCACUCCUCAUGUCUCGCAGGUGUAAAGAAAGUAAACUGGCUCUGUAUGCUGACGUCCAUCCACCUAUACACUAUGAGUCCUCAAACCCAGUUGGUAUGAACAGCUCCAUCCUCAACACCACCAUCCCCAAAGAGCUGCUGGAAAGCAGCACGUCACACCCGCAGCUCCCCUCCAUCACUGCUGCAGCAUCAACACUUCCACCUUUAACAAGCUCCCCCUCAGAUGAUAACUCCAUAAUGGUCACGAGAAGACCCACGGCAUCAGAACCAGACCAUCCACGGAGCAAAAACCAGACCCUGUCUCACCUGGACGAUGGUAUCACAGGUACUCUACACUUCUCCUUCAUUCAUUUCACAGCUUCAUCAAACAAACUGCACGUUCACACCACUCCUCCUUUUCUUCUCUAGUGAACCAGGUGUCGUGUGCUGUGUACAAGGAUCUGGACGACUGCAGGAACAAGAUCCUUCCCCAGCAGAAGAGAUUUGGACUCCACAACCUGGAGACGAGGACGCUGUACCACUGCAACUGUACAUCCAGGUGAGGCUACAAACUAAGCACAGAGAAAGCUUUUCAGUCUUUGAUGUCCAAACCUGCUGACUUAUGAUUUAAUUCAGAUGAGUGACACCCACAGAUGUCUCAAAUCCAGACGUUCAAAUAUGACUUGUCAGGAUGUAAACAGUGAUGAGACAUGCUGCACAUGUAUCUACAGAGAAUGUUAAAAUUUCAGGUGUAAAAAAAGUGUAUUUUAAAGUCUGAAAUAAAAUUGCAGCUCUAGCGACAUUUAAGAAAAGCUUUAGUUACUUUUUAUCAGUCAUCUCAGUUGGAUUUUAAAUUAAAACAUUUAGUUAAUACAGUUUUACUCCAGUAAGGAGCUUCUAUGGGGCCCCCGUAGGCCCAAAAAUAAUAGUUUUUAUUUUUAUUUUGUGCACACAUGAAAAGACCUUGUUUACAUGAUGUGAUCAUCUUGUUUUGUGCACAAGAUAAUGUCUCAUGCACAUGAUGUCAAAUUGUGCAGACAGUAUAGUUACCCUGCAGGAACAAGUGACUAUCUUGUCUGCACAUGCAUGCAUUCAUCUUGCUCAUCCUCUGCACAGGAUAUCAUAUGGUGCAGACAGUCUAGUGAUCUUGUGGGAUUAAGUUGUCGGCUUGUUUGCACAAUACAGUUAUCUUUUGCACGCAAGAUAAUCAUCCUGUUGACACAAUAUUUUAAUUUUUGUGCACAAAAUAAUUAGAUACACACAUAAUUUUGUAAGAUAUAGUUUGCAAAUGUUUUCAUGUUGUGUACAAGAUUAAAAAAGAGUGAUUUUGGCGCCCCUUGUGGUCAAAGCAAUAACUCCUUGUUUGUCUGUGUCCAGUGCAUAUGUUUGUUUGGUUUACUUAUGUAGGUCAUGGAAAGGCAUCAGAUAUUAUUUUAAGCCUGUUUCAUCAAAAACUCCUCACUGGAGCUUUAAAAAAUAUUUAAAAGUCUAUUCAAACAUUUAUGUUUACAAAAAUUUCGAUCAUUUUGACUUCAUGAAAUGUCAUGUCUGUUUGUGAAAACCUCUAGAAACUCCCACUCUGAUACUCGAAAGCCUCGCUGACUGACUGACUGCAUGUUUAAAGGGCGUGCUGUCACACCAUGUCUAGUUUACACAACCUCCAAAAGUAAAUAAUACUAUACGGACAGUAUAUACAGACGCUGUGAUAAUGGUGCACUCACCUUUGUUUCUGUCUGCACCAAGGAGUACACAUGGUGUGAUGUUUCAUAACACAGAAGUAGGCCGACAGCGGUGUACACAUACUGUACAUCCAGGCUAACAUGGUUACAUAAGGUACUCUGGAUCUGGACAGCGGUGAUUUUACAGCCUUGGACGUUGUCAUAACCUCCUGUCUGCACACUUGGCCUCUUUCUGGUUUUCUUUUCACUUGGCUGGUUCAGUCAUCGGUGGUAUUUGUUUUUUUUUUGGCGCGUCUGAGUCUCUCAUGUGUUUGUCUGUCCUGCCAGGUUAUUCCAGACUUUGGCUGAACAGAGAAAACUGACCCAAGUGCAGACGCUUCUUCUGGGACAUGUCUCCAAAUCCUGCUUCCUAACACAGGACUGCACAGAUGAUAACAUGUAAGUAAACGAACACAGAGGAUUCACUUUUGACCACUUUUUGUUUUUAUGUUAUUGCUUUAAGCAGGGUGGAAUAAGUUAAAGGAUCUUCAACAUAAACAGAAAAACAAAUAUUUUAAUGUCAAAAUACUUCAUUUGAGACCCGCUUUCCAAAUCCUGCUGAGUUUCAGCAAAACAGCUGAGGUAUCAGAGGCAAAAGUGCUUAUUCUGGGGUAUAAAUGUAAAUACAGAUGGAUCAAUAGCAGCUUUUCACCAUUAGAUAAUAGCUUUGGCAUCUUUGGUUGCAGUUAUCAAGUUAAGUCCAAGGGUGGUCAGCACAAGGGUCGGGUACCUUUUGUGCAAUCAUUCAUGGCAGAGGCAAAAAAAUAAAAAAUAAAGAGAAAGAUAAUAUGCAAGUAAAGAAACUAAACCUCAAACUAAACUUGAACUGCAUCACCAGACUGAGAAUUCCUGCUUCUUCUCCGUCAAACAGCUGCACAGCAGUCCUGGUGAGAGCGCCGCUUCCUCAGCAGGACAACAGAGGCAGUCGAGACAUGGAGGAGCAGCGCCAUCUACAGGCCGUCAGACUGAAGGUCAGGAGGCCAAACAACAGGAGAGCGAAGAGGAAAGACCGAGUCGUCAGGCUGCAGAAACUGUGUCUCAAGAUGAGCCGGGCUAAACACACCAAAAUGCAAAUUAGAGGGGUGUAAGACGACAAAGAGCCCGUCCAAGACUUCAUACAGAGGAGGGUUUAGAGUCUAACAUCACAUGAAUAAAGAAGACAUCAUUUUGAAAACUUUUAUAUUGCAAAAUAUUCUUAAACAUUUGAAUCUAUUUACAUAUUUUGAUUAAUUUUACUUAUUUGAGCAAUUUUUCAUCUUUUGAAGUUCGCUCUUUAUCAUAAAAACUAUUAUUUUCCCAAAUUGGUCCAAAGAUGACAAAAUACAAAACACAGAGACAACAGGAAAAAGGAAAACUGGAAAACGAUGAUGGCUAAUAAAUGUGCCAAGUCAUGUUAUAUCCCUUUAUCUUCAAGUAUUCAUCCUGUGAAUUACUGAUAAACAUUUUACUCAGUUUCGUUGGUGAUGCUGGUCCCCUUUAAUUAUUCGAGUAUCAUGAGAACAUUUUGAACUUAAGGGAUUUUGUGGGAUUCACUGUGACCAGAUACUUCCCCACUUCUCUGAGAUCCAAGCUUUCCCUUCAGGAUAACAAUCUUCAUUCACAGCAGGUGUUUUGACUCAUAGAAGCAACAGCACAAGUGGAAGUAAUAAAGAUAAUGAGACUACAUUUCAUUCAGGUGAGCCAGUUCAGGACUGCAGUACAGAUGCAGAAGACUCACACGAAUGACUCACCGCUCCGAAAAACCAUGGAGCGAUUGUUAAAGUUAUUUAUUACACCUGCGCUUAAUUUCAGUUUGACUUGAAUAACAACAUGAACUUUAGCUCAGAUGUUCACGUAUUAAUUUGGAUGAACUACAACAAGCUUUAUAAUUUGAUUAGUGCCAUCAUCUUUCGAACGAUAACAUUUCUUAUUGCAAUAUUAACUGUAACAGUAUUUUCAUUAGUUCUUUCUUUGUGUACAGAGCUAACUUAAUUUUAGCAUGUUAACAUGUUAACCCAGCUCAGUACACAAAGCUUAAACUAGAUUUGGUGUUAUGGUUUCAGCAAACUUCUGUUAGCACUUAGCUCAAUGCACCUCCACUCUACUCUAUGUUCAACUAGCCUACAUUUAUACCACAAAAAAGGUGUAUUGGGUUAAAACUAUUGUCUUUUUUUCUGGUAAAAAAAAGUCACAGCUAACAAAUCUUUUUGUAAGCCUGCAGACAUUGUGAUGAGGUUUUGGCCUCUUUGUAAAUAUUUGUACCAUGUCUUAUGAGUUUUAGACAAAUUGAUGAGAAAAAAGCCCUACAAAGGUGUAUGUAAAUACUUGUACAUAGGAGACGUGUUGAAUUAUUUGAUUUUUUUUGUGCAUAACUAUGUUAGCCUGAUGGAAUUUAAAUCAAUGAAUUGGUAUUUUGAAAAUGUGAUGAUAAAACUAACCACAUAUGACUAACUUUUUUACAAGUCAUUUUUUAAAUUUUACUUAAUGAUGGGAAAUAGAUUGUGAGGACUAAGCUAGCAGUCUUGUCUCGCCAUUUGCUAACAUUAUUUCACUACUUCUUCUAUCUUUAGUUUUUCUUUUCACAGAUUAGCAAUAAAAAUGUCUCAAUAUGUGUAAAUAGUGCUGAAAAUGUCAGUAAGACUACAAUUGUAACAUGUAUUAGUAAAACUUUAGCUGUUUUGUCUGUCAACUGUUGUUUUGUGACAAAUAAAAAUAAUAAAACAAUUUUAAAGACGGUG